AUGUCUAGUGAUUCUUCUCAAGUUAAGUUAAGAUUCUUCACUCGUGAACAAGAUGAAUCUUUACAUGUCCAAGAUGCUCCUAUGUAUGCUCCUAUCUCGUUGAAGAGAUAUGGUUUAUCAGAAGUUGUUAAUCAUUUACUGGGGUUCGAGAAACCUGUUCCUUUUGAUUUCUUGAUCGAUGGUGAAUUGUUGCGUAUUUCUUUACAGGAAUACUUAACCAAGCAUGGGUUAUCUUCUGAAACUUUUUUGAAUGUUGAGUAUACAAGAGCUGUGUUGCCACCUUCUUUCUUGAGUAGUUUCAGCAAUGAAGAUUGGGUUAGUUCUCUAGAUGUCGGUGACAACAAUAAGAUCAUCAGUGGUUCCUACGAUGGUGUUGUUCGUACUUGGAAUUUAUCUGGUAAGAUUGAAAAACAAUACAGUGGCCAUUCUGCACCAAUCCGUGCAGUUAAAUAUAUUUCAAACACUAGAAUGGUUUCUGGUGGUAACGACCGUACUUUACGUUUGUGGAAGACUAAGAACGAAGAUUUAAAACAGCCAGUUGUUGAUGAAGACGAUGAAGACAUUGAAGAUGGUAAAACAUUAGCAAUUCUAGAAGGUCACAAAGCACCAGUUGUUUCUAUCGAUGUUAGCGAUAACUCUAGAAUUUUAUCAGGUUCUUAUGAUAACACCAUUGGGUUCUGGUCAACUAUUUAUAAAGAAAUGACAGUCGUUGAUCCAAUGGAAGAGUUGAAAAACAAUGACAGCAAGAUGUCAACCGCUGCCAAAAAAAGAAGAAAGUUAACAUUAAAAGAUGGUACCAUUAGAAGACGUGCUCCAUUAGCAUUAUUAGAAUCACACACUGGACCAGUUGAACAAGUUUCCUUUGAUUUUAAAGAUAACACAGUCGGGUAUUCAAUUUCACAAGAUCAUACAAUCAAGACCUGGGAUUUGGUCACUUCAAGAUGUAUUGAUACUAAGACAACCUCAUAUUCAUUAUUAUCAUUAGCCCAAUUGCCAACAUUAAACUUACUUGCAUGUGGUUCAAGUGCUAGACAUAUCACAUUACAUGACCCACGUAUUGGUUCAACAUCCAAAAUCACACAACAACAAUUAGUUGGCCAUAAGAAUUUCGUUGUAUCAUUAGAUACAUGUCCAGAAAAUGAAUACAUGCUAUGUUCAGGUAGUCAUGACGGUACUGUUAAAGUCUGGGAUGUAAGAGCCAAUUCGCCAAUGUAUACAAUAACAAGAGAAGAACAAUCUGUAGAAAAGGGAGUAAACGAUAAAGUGUUUGCUGUUAACUGGUCAAAAAAUGUUGGAAUCAUUAGUGCUGGACAAGAUAAAAAAAUCCAAAUCAACAAAGGUGACAACAUAUUUAAAUCCUAG